UAUUAAUGACAGUUGACAUUAGUUUUUAAGUGUUUUUUAUUUCUAUCGUGCCAGUGUCAGUGAUUGAUUCAAAAAAGUUUCAAGCUUCGAUUGUUUUGUAGUUGAAUAAAGUUAUUAUAACGUGACUGUGUCGGACAUAAAUCGAUUCGAAAAUAGAAUUCUUAUACUAAAUAUAAUGGUACCGAUAAUCGUGUAAAAGUUCACGAUUGCCCAACAAUAAGCCGUCCAGAAUGUGUUGAGCUGCGGCUAAGGUAUUUUUGACGGUCCUUACACAACAAUAGGGGGUCGAGAUAGGUCAGUUGUAAAUAGUAAGAUAAUGAUAUCUGAUGAUUUACGCUGUGUUAAAUCGACAAUGGGACGAGAUAACCUCAGGUCCGAUACAAUGUGACCAAUUACAUUACAAAAAUCAUCGAUGAUAUGACGGAGCAGAAUUACAAAAAUAAAAAAUAAAAACAUCAAUAAAUAAAAAAUGAAAGACGACAAAGACAUCAAACGUAAUAUAAAUAUAAGUUUAGAGAAAGACAGCAGCAAAACAAUAAGAUUGGAACUACGCCACCCGGAUCAUGUCGUAAUGGAUUAUAAGAUUGACGGACAAAUGGACGUCGCAUUGGUUGGAAUUAAUGAAACUGAAGACAAACACGAGGACACUAACCAAAACGGAAAUGAGGAAAAAGAGCGUCUGGGCGGCGGCGGGCUGGGUUUGGGCGGCGGAGGCUUCCGCGGCGCUCAACCCUCGCUCGCCGACUUCCAGCCGCCAUACUUCCCGCCGCCCUUCGCCCCUAGCGCACAUCCUGCGAGCCCGCACCACCAACAACAGAGCCAUGGCAUGGAGUAUUCUGGUGGUCCGGAGUACGGGCAGCACUACGCGCCGCAGCAGCUCCUACCACGACACCACGGACACGAGCCUCCCCAUCUCAGACAUCAUAGAGACCAUCACGACGUACACUCCCACCACCUACCUCACGGUGGAUUCAGUUACGACAGGAGGACGGACUACGGAGCCCGGGAGCAACACGACCUCGCCCUUCAUCACGCGUUACACACGGACGAGACACAGAAUGCAGGCAUGGACGAUACGACGGGCUUCAUGACCGACCUUCCUUUAUUAAAAACAAUGAAAGCCCGCGAUGUAGGGACAGGUGCCUGCGCCCCCAGCGACGUGUUCUGCUCUGUACCAGGGAGACUCUCUCUCCUGUCUUCGACCAGCAAGUACAAGGUCACCGUCGCCGAGGUCCAGCGAAGGCUCUCACCACCAGAGUGCCUGAACGCGUCACUACUUGGAGGUGUACUGAGAAGAGCAAAAAGCAAAAAUGGCGGUAGGUUACUUAGGGAAAAACUAGAGAAAAUCGGUCUGAACCUUCCAGCGGGGCGACGGAAAGCGGCUAACGUGACGCUACUCACUUCAUUAGUAGAAGCCGAGGCUGUUCAUUUGGCGCGUGAUUUUGGUUACGUCUGCGAGACUGAGUUCCCGGCCCGAGCGCUCGCGGAAUACCUUGCGAGACAAUACGCUGAACACGACGCCAGACGACGCAGGGACCUGUUACACGCCACCAAACAGGUGGUGAAGGAGGUGAUGGACCUAUUGAACCAGGACCGUUCUCCUCUGUGUAACACGCGACCCCCUCACCUCUUGGAGCCGGCCAUACAGCGGCACCUCACACACUUCUCUCUCAUAUCACACGGUUUCGGUGGACCGGCCAUCGUCGCCGCACUGACAGCCAUACAGAAUUUCCUAAACGAGUCGUUAAAGCAUUUAGACAAGUUAUAUCCACAGAGCGGGAUGGUGUCGUCGACAAUGGACAAGACAAAAAUGGAUCCCGACAUCAAAAAGUAGCACACGCACUACCUCCGCGUCGCUCUGUUAAAGACGCUUAACGUUAAAAUUAAAAAAAAAAACUAGUUUUUUAUGUAAGCAACAUUUGAAAUAAGUUUGAAUUCGGCUGUAUAGAUGACAUAUUAGAGGAAUUAUAUUUUGAGUUCCGAAUCAAUCCGUAAUAGUGGAUGUUAAAGUCAAGUUUUCAGUGCCACUGAUAUUUUAAACUACAGACAAGGUAAAUGAAUACUGCCACACAGAAAACUUGUUAGUUUAUGAUGACAGCAAAACAAAAGUGCAAUUAUGAAAUACUCAAGAUUGUGAGAAUUUUGUAAAUAUAGUAUAGAUAUAGACGAAUGAUAAGUAAAGCUAUGUGUGAUGGUAGCUCUUUUUUUUAUAAUAAAAUGUGUUUUUUUUCCAGACAGUAUUUUUAAUAAAACCGGUACUACACGUAAUCCACCGCAAUAAAGACACAUAUCAAAUGUUAAAUUUGUACAUAGAUAAUAUAGAAUUAAUAGCGAUUUUUCACAUUCAGCCUUAAUUUAAAAACUAAAACCUCUUUAAUUUAGUAUUUUUAAAAUAGGAAUAGUUUUGCUAGUGAUUCAUUGUGAACGUGUGCCAAUUAGUUUUAACGUUGAAUUACCAUAUCUAUGUGGUGCCAGCGAUGUUUUAAUGUAUGUAUUUUUUAAUUACCGAUGUAAGUGUAACCAUUUUAUUUAUGUUACAAUAUUAUUUAACGUAAUAACUUUAUAGCUGCGUUAUCUAAUAAGGGUUUGUAACGUCAACCUAGACAUUGACAGUUAUUUUUUUUUUCUACAUAUAAAGAUGUACCAAUGUAAUAUAUUAUUAUUAAAAAUACUUGUGCUCAGUAUUCUUACUACAAGUUUGCAUUGUCAAAUAAAAUACAGAUAAUAAUAUAAAAUAUAAUUUAAAAAAUUGAUACUACUCUGUAUAUAAUUUGUAGUUACGAACUCGUAGUAAAGAUCCAGGUUGACAGUGCUAACUCCUACACAGCAGUCACGAGCGAAUGUCUAAAGUAUAAUGAAAAGAAACAUUCAUAUUAUUAAUUACAGGUGAGAUAAAAAUAAAUAAGAUCAAUAAUCAAUAAUAGAUUAAUAUUUUUCCUAACAAUAUUAAAUAUUACAGUUCGAUAGUCGCGGUGACUUGACUGUUAAUUAUUAUGAAGUGACGUUUUAUUCAUAUUAAGAAAAAAAAUUUUAAUGUUAAUUAUAUCAUUUUUAAAAUAUCUUUCAUCAAAUUUCAAAGUUUGAACAUGAUGUCACAUUUUGAGUCCGAUGUAAAGUAUAAAAUUAAAUUAAAAACAAGGGUUGGCUGUAUAUGUUGAACCUUUUUUACUUGUAUCAUUUGUAAUCUCUUUUUUUUUUAAAUAUAUGUUCCAGGAUGUAUGUAAUUAAACAAUAAGCAUUUUUUUAUUUCUUUGAAAAAAACAUGUGAUCUUCAUUGCUGACAUUUUAAACGGUACUUCUUAUGUGACUCUAUGUUUGUACUUUUAAUCUGUUUUUUUUAUUGGACAGCUGUUUCAUUAUUAUUAGCAAAUGUAAAACUAUUUUGAUGUACAAUUUUAAGUUACUAAAUAAAAAUUAAAAUCGGUAUAGAUUAUAUAUAUAUAAAAAUCUCAUUUCCUAUAUAAUAAAAACGAACUAUUUAUCUUUGUCAUUUUAGAUCAUUUAAAUCUAGAACAUUUUUUAUACUCUGCCGGAUUUAUGUUUGUCUUUGAUCUUUGACUUU